AUGGCAUCGCCGAAUUCGUUACACGAUGACGUCCACAAGCAAGUGACAGCAGUAUGCCACUUUCUCUACUUCACCACAAUGCCAUGCGUGGAAUCACUGCUGGAGGUUCAGUUGAAGAGUAAAGGGACUCAUUGGUCGACUGCUGUUCAACUGGCAGGCUGUUCUCAUGGCGAUCGUGUUGUGAAAUUGGCUGCUAAGCAAAUUGUCGCCACUAAAAACGCAGCAAUCUUCGCCUCCGCACUGCAGUCGGACUUCUCUCUUCACUACAACGCCAAGUUUCGGGAAGCACUCUGGACGCAAAUUGGUAAAAUGACAGUUCAAGAAAGGAGUUUGCUAUUCUCCGCGGAUGAAGUCGAACCUCGGCCUGCCUCCAAGAUAUUGCUUCACUCGAUUAGAACUCUGGAAGAGCUCAGUCAGGUACGAUCGCUGGUGGAGAACUGGGGUCAGAAAAUGUCCAAGCAUUUGGAAUACAUCGAACGGCAUUUGCGAUGGAAACUUCAUGUUUCACGUACUUCUUUACGAGAGUUCUUUUCUAAUCACGCCACAAUCUAG